CAGACAAGACUUAGCAACUGAACAAAGGAACUUAUUUCUCAUUGGCAAAAAUGUGUAGAUUGUAAUUGUUCUUAUUUUGAUUAUAAAGAUGUUUGAGGCUAGUUAUAAUGAUUACAAAUUCAUGGUCCCGAAUUGCAGUUAUAUUUGAACCAACUCAAUAAGUGGUCAUCCUGCAUGCCACACUAAAGAUUCCACAUGCCACAACUAAAAGACCCAAAUAAAUGUGCAGCCAAAUAAAUAAAAAUUAGAAAUUUUAAAAGUAACUUAUUUAAAAGAAUAAUGUCUAAUCCUUGUUACUGUAAAGAACACAUUUUACGAAAAAUUGUCAGUUUGUAAAACUAAGCCAUUAAUGAAAAGAAUGGUGUUAUUUUACAUUUUUGCAGAUCCCUUAAAUGUUUGGCUAAAUAAGAGAUAGCUAGAUUUUCAUAUGACCGUUGUUAUAUGUUGUUUAGUGGAAGUAUAUAAAGUAUACGUAUACUUAUAUAAGUAUUUAUAAAAAGCAGAGACAUCACUUUGUUGACAAAGGUCCGUCACACACAGUUACACAGUUGGAGAAGGGGGUAUUUUAACAUUUAUAGACACUUGUGAAUAUUCUUCUCUGACAGCAUACCAAAACUUUCUUAAAGGUUAGCUGUGAUGUGACAUUUGAAGCCAUCUUUAGAAUUCUGAGGAUUAAGUGUCACCUGGUCGGUAAAUGCAUUUUAGGAAGCAAAAAGAGUCAAUAGAAACGCCAGAUGGGUUUAAUCGGACGCCUGGCUCCGUGGCGCUUAUACAUCGCCAGCCCGCUAGGGCGGCGCUGCCCAUGGAGGCCUCUGUCCCUCCGCGCAAGACGCCUCUCUUGGCCUUGGCGGCGACGCUGACGCUUGAAGGCGAUACUUCCUGCCCGGUUUGCCGGGAGUCUUCGGCAGCUGUGCGUGCAGUGGUUGUUGCUGGUUUCUUGGAGGGUGGCCGAGCAUGGAGCGCCCGGGACCCAGCGAUGGCUCAGACGCAUCGGGACCAGACCCGCAGCUGGCGGUCACCAUGGGCUUCACGGGGUUCGGAAAAAAAGCUCGCACAUUUGAUUUGGAAGCAAUGUUUGAACAAACUCGAAGAACAGCAGUGGAAAGAAGUCGGAAAACACUGGUGGAACCAGUAUUUGGAAGGCUGAGCUAGAGGUGGCUCUCAGAGUUGUGUAUACCACUGAUCGUUGACCCAGAAAGUAUAGAAAAUUGAGCCAUCCAGUGAAUGGGGCUGGCGCUGUUGAAUCCCUGCAUUCAUGAGUUGUAUCAGACAUUUAAUGAAGUCCUUAACUUCCAGACUGUCUGGUUUGAUAGCAGGUGGUUGGCAUUUCUAGCUACCACCUCAGGAUCUUUGUAGCUGACUGUCUCCUCUACUGCUUUAUUUAGAUCUGAUUCAGAUCAUUCUUAUACUAGAGAAGGGAUAGAUGUAAACUGAUAGAGCAGAAGGCACUCGGAACCAGACAGGACUCCUGGAAGAAUUUAAGUGAAGUUUGCUCCAGUGCUUAUCACUGUUUUAAAAUGAUAAAUUAUAUAGCACACAUUUGAGAAGUGAGCAUGAUUUUUGGUCUUUGGAAGAAUAAUAGUUUUUGAUUUGUGUGUGUGUGUGUGUUAAAAAGACAGCUAUCUACAUAUAAUGUGUAUUGUUUAAAAAAAACUUCAACUAUUACCUGAAAUUUCAGUUACAUACAGAAGUACAAGAAUGAACUCCCUUAUUCCUAUCACACAGAUUUAACUAUUGUAACAGUUUAUGGCCAGUGUUAUUUCCAUUUACUUCUCCUCUCAGAUUGCUUUAACAAAAAUCCUAGAUACAUUACUUCACCUAUAAAUAUUUUUGUAUGUCUUUAAGUGAUAAGGAUUUUGAAAAAUCUUAACCAAAAUACUAUUACUACACCUAAGAAUAUUAAGUAAUUUAGUAUCAUCAAACAAUAUGUAGAGACAUGUUCUCUGUAGCAUAUGUACAAAUGCAUUACACACUUCAUCUUUGAAUGUUUCAGUGAACAUUUGUAUUAUUACAGUUAGCUUUCCAGCGUGUGAUACCAAAUGCUUUGAAUAGUGAUUGUCUUAUUCCCCUACCUAAGUUUUAUAGUCCCCAUUACCAUGCCUUGUAAGAUAGGUUCUUAGUAUUUAUUUGUGCAGACUGAAUUGAAUUUAAAACUGCAGUAUUGCCUUAAAAAAAAAAUAAACCUUGCAUCUUU